UUCUCUUGUCAUUUUUAUCAUUAUUAUUUUUAUUUAUAUUAAUAUAUUGAAAAGAUUGUAGACAAAACACCAUUAACAAAUAAACACAACGUAUUCUUUUCUCUUAUUCUCACUCUUGUGAAUAAUUGUAUUGAAAAUUAUCUCAUGCUUUUUGAAAUUACUAGUUUCCUCUGUGGCUGAAUAAUAUAAUUGUGUAUGUGGUUUAUCUAUUUAAUAAUUAAUGCAAUAUGUGCAUUUGUAUGUGUAUUAAUGUGUAUAUGACCACAUAGACAGUGCAUAUAUGAAUGAAUCGUCAAAUUAAAUUAUUAUUAUUAUUAUCGAUACUGUUAUAACUACCUCUACUACUAUUAGUAGUACGACAACGACUACAGGCGAUGUAAUAAUAUAAUUAUCAUUAUAUAUUAAUACAUUCAAAUACCAAUACAUACAUACACAAUCAUUCACGAAUGGGGAUACAUGCAAAUAUACACAUACAGACAAUUGUUCAAUCAUCCAUUUACAGAAUGUCUAUCUUCAAAAUUCACUUUGCUAUCAUUCAAUAUUUAAUAUAAUAACCAUAUUUUAUUUGAGAAAAAACAUUUUAUACUUCAUAAUUAACAUUUCAUUGACACUAUUAUAAUUCAGAAAGACGUGAACGAAGAAGAAUCUACGAGAGAAAAAAAUAAGUAGAAAGAGGCCAAAGAAGAAAGUAGUUACAUAAUUUUGAGGCAGAAAAAUAUAAAUAUUUAUCAAAUUCAACAUAAGAAGAAAUAAUAUCUAUUCGUCUUAGGUAAACAGAAAAUCAAAAUUGAUUUUGUGACUUUUUCUCUCUCGAUCAACCGAUAAUUAUCCCAACGAAACGAACAAGAACUAUAAUUGUGGAUUAAUAUUUAAUUGAUUUGAUUAUUGAUUAUUACUCGAUUAUUCUUUGUGAAGAGUGUUUUUAUAUAUGGUGUAGUAUAUGUGUAUGAGCAUCAUUUUUAACUGACCGGUACUUGUGGUAGUGCUGGUCAAAAUUAUGCAACGUGCUAGUCCUUUAACAUGGACUUCAUUCAAUACUAGUAGUGUUCACAAUUCAAUUGAAUUACAGCAACAGAGACAGGAACAACAUCAAAGACUGUUAAAUAAUUUUCAGUCAUUAUAUAAUAGUAAUAUUACAAAUAAUAAUAGUAUUAUUGAUGAAGAUUCAUGUCAUCCUGUUGCAUCAACGAAUAAUAUUGACAAUAAUUUGAGUUUAUUACCAUUUAAUCAAUUCAUCAGUAAUAUACCAAGUUUGUUAAACUCUAUCAGUAAUAAUAAUAAUUCGGAAAGAAAUACUAUAUCAUCUUUGACUACGACAUCGUUAACAACAUCACCUUCAUUAUCCUCUUCAACGGUAUCUACAUUGCCAUUAUCGUCAGCAACAUAUACAUCAUCGGCGUCAACCACAGUCGAUGCGAAUUCAUCUACAUCAAUGAAUCCAUAUAGUACUAGUACGGCAGCUGCUGUGGCCGCGGCCGCUGCAUGGUAUCCCUUAAGUUUAGCAAUGGAUGAAAUGGCUCAAAACAUAAUCUCUUCAAAAUCUGAACGAAUCGAUCGAAGCAUGUUUUCUUCCCUUUUCCUUCCAACAAUCUCUCAAACAAUGGCUAAAUCAAAUCGUAUAAUUCCAAAUCAAUUAAAUAAUUUACUACUACCUAAUUUAAUGCAUUCUGAUGAUUAUUAUACAAAAACAACUAUGACGACUACUACUGAUACUACUACUACCAAUACUACUGACAACAAUAUAAGUAGUAUUGAAAAUAAUCCUAAUCACAUGAAUAAUUCAAAUGGACAAAAUUUUUUGCAUGUUCAUGAAGAUAAUCUAAAUCCAACAUCAUCACAUCAAUCAGAUCAAAGUAUACAUGGUAAAUUAAGUCCAUUAUCUGGACAAAUGAAUGGAAUAGAUCCAUCUGGAUCACCGCCAACAAUUCAUUCACCGAUCACUAAUGAUAACAAUAAAAGUAAAAAAGCAAGACAUAGAACAACAUUUUCAGUUCAACAGUUGUCAAUUUUAGAAGCAGCAUUUGAUAAUUGUCCAUAUCCUGACGCUGUAACACGAGAAGAUAUUGCGUCCAAAUUGUCACUCAGUGAAUCACGUGUACAAGUAUGGUUUCAAAAUCGUCGUGCUAAAUGGCGCAAACAAGAAGGUAGUCAAUUAUUAACCAAUGGUAAUAAUUCAAAUAAUACUUGUACUCCUACUAAUAAUGUUAGUAACACUACUUUGACUACUGCUACUACUACUAAUAAUAAUAUCAAUAGUAUCAUUACAUCCACAGCAUCUAUGGCAUCAUCCUCUUCGACGUCAUCAUCUUCAUCUAAUUUAUUAACUGUUGAAAAUGAUGAAGAAGAUUUACGAAUAAAUACAACAAAUAUUUUAGAAUCACGACUUUUGACGACAACAACAACAACGACACCAACAGGUCGUAAAAGAGUUUCUGGUUCAAGUGUACAGCAACAACAUCAUCACCAACAGAAAAAUAGUUAUUCUAAUUACAAUGAUUAUAAACAAAUCAAUGAUGAUACAGAUGGAAUGAUAAUCAAUCCAAUUUCACCAUCUCAUUUCAAUUUAUCAUUGAUUACAAAUGAUCUUUUAAAUAAUUAUCAUCAACAAUUGAGAAAUUUUUCAUUUCUCAAUGAUAAUAGAAAAUAUACAACAUCACCAUCAUCAACAUCAAUUACUCCACCAAUUCAUAAUGACUUAAUGAAUUGUUCUAAUCAAACAACAAUGUUUAAUGAUAAUUUAUUCAAUACAACUAAAUCAUCAGAAUUAAUAAAUUCACAAUUAUUUGAUAAAUCAUCAAUAAAAACUAUUGGAAACAAUAAACAUCAAACUAUAAAUUCUAAUUUAAAUUGUUUAAUUAAAUCAUCUGUAAAUAAUAAUCGGCAUUAUCAGCAUUAUUUAUCGAGUAGAAAAUCAACUCCAACUACUUGUAAACAACGUAAACAUACUAUGAAAAAUAUCAGUAAUAAUUAUGAUAAUGAUAAUACUGAUCAUGGUGAUCCUGUUAAUGCUGAUGAUCAUGACUUUGAUAAUGAUAUUGAUGAUGGUAAUGAUGACGAUGAUGAUGAUGAUGAUGAUGAAAUGGACAAGACUAGAACAAUGAGAGUGAAUAACUCAAAAACUAGAGAUUUACCAUUUUCUGUUUUAUCGCUUACAGCCAAUAAUAAUAAUAAUAAUAAUAGUAAUGUUAGUAAUAAUAAUAAUAAUGAUAACUAUAACAGUAUAAAUGACCCAUUUGCGAAACUCCAAUCAUCAUCAUCCAAACUGUUUUAUCAAAAUCUCAUAAAAUCUAUAAAAUCAAUUAAUAAUAUUGAUAAUCAUGAAAAGAAAAAUUCUAAUUCUCUCAAUUCUUCAUCAUCUACUUCAAUCCCGUUAAAUGAGAUCAACUGUUCAAUGAAUGAAUUGAAUCCUACUGAAGAUGUAUCGAAAUUUUUAACGAAUCUAUCUGAUUUCGGUGUUUUUAUGAAUUCAUUAUUGAAAUCUAAAUUAAAUCUCUUGACAAAAACAUCAACUUUAUCUGACUGUAAUGGAAGUAAUCAUGAUCCAUGUCUAAAUACUGUGAAUGAUAAUACAACUAGUACUAAUACUACUCAAAUUACUAAUACUACUACUAAUAAUAAUAGUAGUAAUACUGUGAUCGAUAAUGUUGUUCAAAAUUCAAUUUUAGAAAAUUUGAUAACUUCCUGUCCACAAUUCCCUUUCAAUUUACAAUAUUUAAAUGGUACACAAUUAAAUCAGCAUGGACUAGAUUUGAAGGUGGAAUCAGAUACAAAUAAACAAAUUAAUUCAAAUCGCAUGGAUAAUCUAUUUGGUCCAUCUGAAGAUCAGUCGGAAAAUCAAUAUCCUGAUAUACAAAAACUUAUUUUCAAUGAAAUAUCCUCAUCACAAACAUUGUCACCAUCUACGCUAGCAUCUAAUACUGCUAACAAUCUACUUUGGGAAUACUUUUUGAAUCGUUUACAAGAUCCAAACAAUUCUUUAUUAUCUAAAUCACCAUCUCUUGGAACCUCGACAAUAACAACAAAUUCAUUACAAAAUAGUACUAAUAAUUCUAAUAACUCAUGUUCAAAUGAUUUAAUUAAUCACCCUGAUUUAUUGAAUUUGUCCAAUCACCAUUAUUCUAAUAUGAAUAUAGACUUUCGCAAGUUUUUACAGUAUACAAAUUUGAAAGGGAAAGAAACAAGUUUAAACUUCAACUUUAACAAUUCUUCUACCAAUAACAUUACUGCUACUACUACUACUACAAAUAAUUCUCCUAGUAAUCCACAUCAUACUACUACUACUACUGCCAUAACAACAUCUACGACGAAUGGUCUGAUGUCGGAUUCAUUAGAUAAACUUAAAGAAGAUUUAUUAUUGAACAGUACAAAUUUAACUAAUCCUAAUGAUCAAAUGACAAAAUUAUCACAAUCCGAUUUGAUCCAUAACUAUAUUAAAAAAUUUCAGUCAUUUGGAAAUGAUUUAAAUUGUGCAAAUAAUGACAGUGAUAGCAAUAAUGACAAUAAUAAUAAUAAUAUUACACAACAAAUGAUGCAAUAUUAUGCUCUGUGUGCAUUUGUUCAGACUACUACACUUUUGUCAAACUCAUCAUCUUCCACAUCGACAUGA